AGGGGUACAGUUCUUUGGGGUUGCAGUAGCUUUGAUAUAAAAGUUGGAGGAAUUCCAAGGAUGAAGAUGUCCAUACAUAAUCCUCCACUCAAAACACACACACCCAAAAAUAAAUCUUGUUCUGUACAGAGGUUUUAUGAUGGGAGAUCUUGGCGCGGAGGACGAGUUAUCAUUCGAAGAUCGCUUCAAACAGUAUGUAAUGGUGAAAAAGGAUGGGAAAAUCAUAUGCUCAACACAGUGUCUCAAUCCACCUGCCAAUACGCCUUCUAUUUGGAAUAUUAAACACAUUCUCCGACAAGACAAAUUUGACUUCCUCUCUGAGUUAUCCCGCUGCUUGUUACGCCGUUCUCCAGAAAAUUCUCAUCAGGAAAAGGAGUGGCAUGCAUUCCUUGGUUUUCUUCAGAAAUACAAAAAGGUCGCUAUUGGAGAACAUGAGCACUUUCAAUUUUACAUACUUCCUCCCAAAGAAGGCUCGCCAUUCAAUUAUACAUUUGCUUGUUACCGGGAGAGGGAAAAACCAAGUGAAUGUCCUGUAGGUAAGGCCUCUGGAUCAACUUCUCAUGUGAUUGAGGAUGCUUGUUCUCCCUGCAAUGAAGAGGCUGUUAUAGGUGCCCAAACUUGUGAUUUGUCAGCCAAAGUUAGUGGAAGGCCUGAAAAAACAAAUGUACAGAAUAUCUCCCUGGAGAGUAAUUUUGUGCAUGCAAAUCCUAGUUAUUUGAAAACUCUAGGUCAUACCCAUUCUGGUUGGAGUUUUGGAGCAAUCGCGGAGUUUGUGGACAAUUCUAGAGACGCCAAAGCAACUAAGUUGGAAAUUUCUAUUGACAUCAUAUAUUCAAGAGUGGUUGGCAGAGAAAUUCCUAUGCUAUGCAUUAUAGACGAUGGGUGUGGAAUGAACCAUCAGGAGAUGCUUCAGAUGGUAUCAUUUGGACACAAGCAACCUGAUGCAGAUGACCCUAAUCGUAUUGGGAGAUUUGGAAUUGGUUUUAAGACUGGGGCAAUGAAGCUUGGGAAAGAUGCAUUGGUUCUGACACAGACUACUAACUCUAGAUCAAUUGCUUUCCUUUCCCAGACACUUAAUGAAGGAAAAGAUAAUCUGGAGAUACCCAUUGUAAGCUACUACAGAUAUGGGCAAUUUAUGGAGCUGGAUAAGCAAAAUGAGACUUUGUUCAAACACAAUUUGAAAGCUAUUAAGGAAUUUUCACCGUUUGAUAAGUACUUUAUUGGUCAAAAAGUAGGUCUGUUCAGUAAGGAUGGCACAGGAACGCAUAUAUAUAUCUGGAAUCUGGAGAAGUGGGGACCCAAUUAUAGCCUGCAAUGGGAGUCUGGAAUAACUGGUGGGAGCUCCUUCCAUCAGGGCGAUAUUCUCAUUCGUUCUAAACGGGUCAGAGCUCGUCCAGGCCAGAUGACUCAAAUGGUUCCUUUGGACUACUCACUUAGAUCUUAUUUGGAAGUGAUCUUUCUUGAUCCACGUAUAAAAAUAUAUGUCCAAAAAUCACAGGUUAAAAGUCGACCAUUAGCAAGAUCUCUGAACAGGACUGUUGUGGAAAAUGGUACUAUAAUGGGGAAACCGGUUCAGCUUACUCUGGGUUGCAAUCAAUUGGAAUGGGAAGAAGCAAAUUGUGGAAUAUUUUUGUAUUGGCAUGGACGUCUAAUAGAGGCUUACAAGAGAGUUGGGAGUAUGAUGCAUAAUGGAGAUAGAGGUCGUGGUGUCAUUGGUGUUAUUGAUGUCACAAAUCUAAUGGCUGAAGAUAACGGUCAUGUUUGGGUGCACAACAAUAAGCAAGGAUUCCAGGACUGUGAAGUGUAUGCUGAAUUGGAGAAGUGGCUGGGUGAGAAAUCAGACAAAUACUUGGAUGAACAUGUUGAUAAAGUUGAAUUGAAGCCAGGUAGUGGUGUAUACAAACCUGACAACGAGUGGGUGCAGUGUGACAAAUGUAGAAAGUGGAGAAUGUUGAGCCAUGGCUUCAACAGCAAGACUUUACCACUUCAGUGGUUCUGUUACAUGAAACCUUUUAACGGGGAAUGCGAGAGAUCAGAGCAGGAAGUUGAACCUGGAGUGAUAACGAUAUCCAGCAAGCGUCUGGGAUACAGUUCCACUGAAGAUCCCGAAGAGAUAAAGCGCAAGCUCUCCAGACAAGCUGUGGGGACAUCAAAAAACGUGGGUGAGAAUGAUUCAAGUCAUUCAAUGGAUGAGGAUCAAGCAAAAAAAUCACCUGCACAGAAACGUAAAAGGCUCCUAAGGAGUUGUAGGAAAAGUUAGUAUUACAUUGAAACAUGCCGUUUCUUCUUGUGCAGGUAUCUUUAUCGUAUGUAUUUGUUGUCGAUAUGCAGCGGCUUUUUGUUAGUACAGUCAUAUGUUGGGAAGAGGUCAUAGUGAAAUAUGUUAUUUUGUUGUACACCUUAUAUCAGAGAGAUGUGCUAUGACCGAACACUUGUCUUGAGUUAUAAGUUUCAACUAGUACAAGUAAAUCAAAGACACAUAGAUUGAUACUUAUUUGAUCACAAAUCAAAUAUGCAUAACUGCUAGUAGCUUUUUCUUUUCCCGUUACUGUGAAGAUAGUAAGGUAAGUAUCUGUUUUUCUUUUUUGGUAGUAGACUGAAUGAAAAUAUUGUAACGGAAAAUGGAAGUGGGAUUAAAGGAACAAUAUUUUUACUA